CCAUAUAUCAGAUUAGAUCAUUGUUUUAGCAAUACUCCCUCGGCUGGCUGUUUGGAGUUUAAAUUGCUGUAGAUUAGGGAAUAAGUAAAUCACUUUUGGUGGGCGGCUUAUUCAGAGUUUAGACACUAGAAAAACCUAACUAAAUAUCUUAUUACUCUGAAUAUUCGCGUACUUGGAAACUAACCAACCCACCGCAUAAAACAUAUUUAUUUCAUGGUCGCAUUGCCUGCUUGUAUCGAAUUCUUGACCAGUAACUAUCGUUCAAUCCAACUCCGUGAUACCAACGAAAGCGUUGCUGAGUCGGUGGCCUUCCUUUAGGUAGGUAUGACAUCAACAUUUCCUUUCCUAUUUUAAGUCCCGGUGAAGAUGGUAGUGACCGGUAACGACGAGUUUCAUGCUAUUGGUUUAUUGGACUCGAAAGAUAUAAUGCACAUUCUCGAACAUUGAUCUUUCAAGCAAGAUGAAUUAGAUAUGCAACAUGAUAACCAUUAGGAUGUAAUCGACGAAUAGCACAGGGCUUCGCAAUGCAACGAAACUACUGAUUUGAUCUAAUUUCUAACAAUCUCAUAAUUCUUAACAGAGCCGUAAUACUAUGUUCACACUACAGAGUUAUAAAACGUUAUAAUAAUUAGCAACAAGAAAAAUGUCAUCAAUAUAGCGUUAAAACACGUUUUAAUUCGUAGUGUGAACGGAGUAUAAGGGAUAAACAUGAGUACGUGUCCAGUGUUUCCAACAAGUAAAGACAAAUCAGUAAGCCAUGUUUUAUCACAUUGUGAGAACCAAACGCAACUUUUAUUUUUUCCUAAAGAAAAAAAUCAAUUUAGAAACAAGACCUAUCUUUGUGUUGAGUGUAAAGUUCCCAGAAACCCCCCGUUGCGUGGUGCGGCAAGUCAGCCCACAUUUGAAUUUACCCUAAAAUGGGUUAUGGUGAGAGAGAGAGUGUAGACGAGGAAAUGACCAAAACAAAGUGAAGUGUCAGAGUGAUGAAAUAGAAAAUAUACGGCGAAUGAAGAAAAGUUUUAAGGCGUAAAGAUAAAAAAUAUAAUUUGUAGAAUUAUAGGAAGUGAAGCAGAGAAGAUCGUGGUGUAGAGUAUAGAUCGGACAGAUUGGAUUAAUUGAGGUGAAGGAAAAGUUUCUGUUAGCGGUCCGUGGUAUUUCGGAUACUAAAUUGUAAGUAGCAUAAGAUAGGAAGAGCAAUUGGAAAUGAAAUAAAAAUUUGUGUUUCAGCUUCGAGCAGAUAAUACCGCAACUAGCGAGUUGUACUGCUAAACGAACUCCGAACAAUUACCGCCAACAGAAAACUCGAAGAAUUUACGGUAAUUAUGUCCAACGUACGACAGACAAGGUCUAUGGCUAAAGCCGCGAAAACUAACCUCGAAAAGGUGGACAUCAAUGAAAGAGGUGAAGGAAGGUAUGAUCCAUCUUUUGUACCGUCUAUGGUCGACGAUGUUGAAGGUGAGGUUUUUGACUGUGCGUACUGUGAUCGGCCGAACACUGCCGAAUGGUAUAUGGUCCAAUGUAAGGAAUGUGAGCAUUGGUAUCAUUUCUCAUGUGCUAAAGUAAGCACAACAAGUGUUAAUAAGGCUGCCUUUUCAUGUGUGUUAUGCGUACCCCGAAUCUCCGUUCCGGCAAUCCGCUCAGACACAAGUCGGAUAACCUCAUCAAGCGCGAGGAAAGCACGAAUCGACCGGGAGUUAGAGCGUCUCGAGGAAGAACGACGCCUAAUGGACGAGCUUUGCCAAGAAAAGCUUGCGCAGGAGCAAGCGUUGUUGGAAAAGGCAACAUUGGAGAAAUUGGAGCGGAUGAAGCUGUACAUUGCCAGAAAAUACGAUCUGCGCAGCCAACAGGAUGGCAACGAUGAACAUAGCGAAGGUAGCUAUCGUACAAACCGAACGAGCACCAGUAGGGUGGGAGUUUGGGUCGAGAGUCAGAGAAAAAUAACCGAGUUUGCUGCCGCGGAUCCUACUCUACCGACUAUGGUAUCUCCGGUCGAUACACGCAACGUGAAAUUCACGUCAACUCCGUUGGCAGAGAGUGCAUCAGUAGGCAAGAUGGGUGUGCAUUCGCUGCUGUCAGGUGACAUAGCUACCGUUAGUAACAUGAACUCCCUUAUACGUACAACGGGAAGUAUUACAAUUGGUGAAAAUCUGGAGGAUGAUUCAGAUGGAAUCGUUGGUAUUGAGGACAAGUCGUACCACGAUCUGAUCUCGCCGAUACUUCCGUCGGUAAGCGUCCAGCCGCUUAUAACGUUGCUUGAAGAUGCACGUGCUGGACCGUCGAAUGUAGGUACGGUUCCUAAACUGGCCAAAAGUGUUCCAACAUACGAUCACUGGCGGCAAGAGACUGGUGCAUUGCGUUUGCAGGAACUGCACCAUAAUAAAGAGAACGAAGUGAGGAGAAAGCGGGAGCUUGCAUUGGUGGAGCAAGUGAAGCAACUGGAAAUGCAACGGGCCCAGGAUUUACACGAACAGCAACGCAAGGAAGCCGAAUUCAAGCAACAACUGCAGAUUUUGAAGCAGGAUCAUGCGGCAGCGGAACUACAACGGCAGCAACAAAUAGCAAGUUGGGACAGCGAGUUGCAACGUUUACGUAAGUCGGAACAGGAUUUUAUGUACCAGAUGGAGGUGUUACGUCAACGAGAGCAAGCGAAAGAAACGCGAGAUGCGCUAGUGUUCCAAAGUCAAUCGCAUUUGGUGACCGAGGCGAUGAGAAGUAAAGAGUCGGUCUGCUCCAAACAACAGCAAUCUCAGAGAGAAAAUCUUCGACCUCUUCACGGCAACCACAUGAAGAUAUCUGGUGAUAUCUACAGCGACGUGGCAGCUUCGGUAAGUGCUGGAACUUAUCAAGCAUCCCAUACACCUGUAGUAGAUUAUCGCCCCUCAUAUUCUAAUAAUCGAGUGAAUGAGACCACUAUCGUUUCAAGUCCAGUGGGUGGUCGUACCGACUUAGCGUUCUCAACACCCUCUCUAGCCCCUGCCCCUCAAGUCUUUCAAACCAGUGCCCUUUACGCGCCGGUUCAAACGCAGUAUGCCCCCACAGCAAACCCCUAUACAAAGAAUCAAUUGCAACUAGUUUCAAUAGGACCAACACCGCAGCAACUAGCUGCCAGGCAUGUAGUUUCAAAAGAAUUGCCAGUGUUCACAGGAGAUCCAGUUGAUUGGCCACUCUUCAUCAGUAGUUACCAACAUUCAACACAUGCGUGCGGAUAUUCUGAUUCGGAGAACUUGUUGAGGCUUCAGCGCUGCCUCAAGGGAAGUGCGAAAGAAGCAGUGAGCAGCUUCCUUCUUCACCCGUCAACAGUCUCUCAAAUCAUAUCCACCCUCCAAAUGCUGUAUGGACGUCCGGAACAGAUAGUGCAAAAUAUGAUCGCAAAGGUUCGAGCAACUCCUGCCCCAAAAGCCGAUCGACUGGACAUGCUGGUGAGUUUUGGAUUGGUGGUGCAGAACUUGUGCGGACAUUUGAAGGCGGUUGGAUUAGACAAUCAUCUGGCGAACCCAGUGUUGCUGCAGGAGCUCAUCGAAAAACUGCCGCCAGCUGUGAAGUUCAACUGGGCAUUGUAUCAGCAGCAAAUUCCGAUAGUAGAUCUGAAUAUUUUCAACGACUAUAUGGCAAAAGUUGCGUCUGCUGCUAGCAGUGUGACACUUAUGAGCGGAACUACAACGAAGCCCUUGCGAGAUGAGCACAAAGGAAAGGAGAAAGCUUACGUAAAUGCACACUCAUCGGAGCGAAUUCAGCAUGAGGAUAUCGAAAAUGAUAAUCGGGACAACGAGAAUCCACCAUUAGUUUCUACUACUCCAGCUCCCACUACUACGAGGAGGACGGAGUCCUGUCCAGCUUGCGGUGGCUGGAGCCACCUAGCUAGUAACUGCGCAACAUUCAACAAGCUCUGCGUCGAUGAGAGGUGGAAGAUCGUAAAAGAUCGCAAGCUUUGCCGACGAUGCCUCACACCUCACAUUCGUUGGCCGUGCAAGGGAGAAGUUUGCGGAGUCAAUGGGUGCCAGAAGCGCCAUCACCGUCUUCUCCACUACGAACAAUCGCCAGCUGAUUCCGAGAUGAGUAGAUCGAACGUGAAUGCCACGGUGACAAUUCAUCGUCAAAUGACGUCAUCUACGCUUUUUCGAGUUCUACCUGUAACGCUGUUCGGUAGGAAAGGAAACGUUCACACAUACGCUUUCCUAGAUGAUGGAUCAUCGGUGACGUUGUUGGAACAGUCGAUUGCGGAUUCUUUGGGUCUAGAGGGGAAGACGGAGCCUCUGUGUAUCCAGUGGACGGGUGGUAUCAACAAAAAAAUGUCGGGAGCCCGACGAGUGAGUUUGGAGAUAUCCGGAGCUGGGAGUGAAAAGCUGUUCAACGUCGCCGAAGUGUACACUGUGGAUAAUCUCGGGCUUCCUGAACAAACUCUGGAGUUCGGCGAGAUGGAGAGACAGUACGACCACCUGCGAGGUCUCCCAGUUAGCAGCUUCAAGUCAGCCGUUCCACGAAUGCUCAUCGGAUUGAACAAUACACACCUGUUGGCUACACUAAAGCUGCGAGAAGGCCGUCCGUUAGAGCCAAUUGCAACGAAAACCCGUAUUGGCUGGGCGGUUUACGGAAAUUUACGAGAGGACACGGAGUCAUUUCAGCAUCGCCAAAUGCAUAUUUGCGCUCGAUCAGACGACCAGCUCCAUGAUUAUGUCCGUCAGUUCUUUUCGGUGGAAAGUAUGGGUGUGACGGUAGCUCCUUCUAUUGAAGGUAUCGAGGAUCAAAGAGCACGGAAAAUAUUAGAGGAGACUACGGUGCGUACAGCAAGUGGGAGGUUCGAAACGGGUCUUUUAUGGAAACACGACCAUGUCGAGUUCCCUGACAGUCGUCCAAUGGCGGAGAAACGUUUGCGGUGUCUAGAGAAACGUCUAUCGAAGAACCCCGAGUUGUAUGAAAAUGUUCGCCAACAAAUAGUAGAUUUCCAACAGAAGGGAUAUGCGCAUAAGGCAACCAGUGAUGAAUUGGCUAGUUUCGAUACCAACCGAACUUGGUACUUGCCACUCGGAAUAGUGUUGAAUCCAAAAAAGCCUGGAAAAGUGAGGUUGAUUUGGGACGCCGCGGCAAAAGUCAAAGGCGUAUCAUUAAACACGAUGCUGUUGAAAGGACCGGAUCUGUUAACACCCCUGUUGUCCGUAUUGUAUCGCUACCGCGAACGAGAGGUUGCGAUAUGCGGAGAUAUAAAGGAAAUGUUCCACCAAAUUUUGAUACGGGAGAAAGAUCGCAGUGCACAGCUUUUUCUCUGGAGGAACACUCCUGACCUGCCGAUGGAGACGAUGGUAACAGACGUCGCGAUAUUUGGUGCGACGUGCUCGCCGGUACAGUCGCAGUAUGUGAAAAAUUUCAACGCAACGGAGAACGAGAAAGCGUAUCCAAAGGCUGCAGAUGCUAUAAAGAAAAGGCACUACGUAGAUGAUUACCUGGAGAGCUUAGAUACUAUAGAGGAAGCAGUCGGAUUAGCGCUAGAGGUUAGUGAAGUUCACGCAAAGGCCGGAUUUCAGAUACGGAACUGGAUUUCCAACCAUGAAGUUGUGCUGAAACGUAUCGGGGAAGUCAACCCAACGGCAGUGAAAUGUUUUGUUGCUGAUAAAGAGGUAGCUUCCGAACGACUGCUAGGGUUAGUUUGGUUGCCAAAUGAGGACGUUUUCUCAUUCACGUUGAACCUUCGGGACGAUGUCAGACGGUUAGUUCAAGGCGAAGUUAUUCCUACGAAAAGAGAGUUACUGCGAGUUGUCAUGAGCAUCUACGAUCCUUUGGGUCUCGUUGCGGCGUUUGUGAUACAUGGAAAGGUUAUUGUGCAGGAUGUAUGGCGAGCAAAUGUCGGAUGGGACGAAACUAUCCCAGAUGAGGUAUUCUGUCGAUGGGAACAGUGGCUCACAGUUUUACGGAAUAUGGAGAAUAUAAAGAUCCCUCGAUGCUAUUUUCCCGGCUACGAUAUAAAUAGUUUGGAUUCGUUGGAGCUACACAUAUUCGUUGAUGCCAGUGAGCAAGCUUUUGCAGCUGUAGCCUAUUUCAGAAUGCUGGAUCGAGGACGUGUGCGCUGCGCUCUAGUCUCUUCAAAGACCAAGGUCGCACCCCUUCAACCGUUAUCUAUCCCGCGUUUAGAACUACUUGCAGCUGUUCUAGGAGCACGACUGAGGAAAAGCAUCGAGGAAGGACAUUCGUUUAAGAUAAAGCGUACAUAUUUCUGGACCGAUUCAACCACCGUCCGCUCAUGGAUUAAAUCCGAUCUACGACGAUAUCGUCCAUACGUGGCAUUUAGGGUUAACGAGAUACUCAGUCUGUCGAAGGUCGAUGAAUGGAGGUGGGUUCCAACACGACUCAAUGUCGCUGACGAGGCCACGAAGUGGGGACGAGGCCCGUCCUUUGAACCCGCUAGUCGGUGGUAUAAGGCACCUGAAUAUAUACACGACGAAAAUCAUGAAUGGCCAAAGGACCCUGUUGACAUCGGGGAGGCCAGCGAAGAACUACGACCAGCCUAUUUAUUAGCGCAUUUAAUUUUGAAACCGAUCGUUGAUUUUGAGCGUUUCUCGAAGUGGGAACGUCUGCAUAGAUGCGUUGCGUAUGUCCAUCGGUUCGUGGACAAUUGUCGACGAGCGAACUCCAAGAUACCGUUGGAAACUGCUGGAUUAACAAAAGAAGAGUUGCAGAAAGCAGAGCGUAGUUUAUGGCGGUUGGCGCAAUCGGACGAGUUUCCGGACGAAGUUGCUACGUUGAAGCGCAAUCUACGAGUGAGAAACGAGGAUCGGAAGCCAUUGGAGAAAAGCAGCAAGAUCGCAACAGCCACGCCAGCGAUGGACGAGUUCGGGAUUCUCCGAGUGGAUGGACGGUCGGAAAAAGCAGAAUGCCUAACCUAUGAUGCUAAAUAUCCUGUUAUUCUGCCGAAGGAACAUCGGAUGACCAGACUUCUUCUUGAUUGGUACCACCGUAUUUACCGUCAUGCAAACAACGAAACUAUCGUGAAUGAAGUCAAGCAGCGAUUCUACGUGCCAAGGUUGAGAGUUCAAAUUGACGCCAUACUUACGACCGUUUACGUUUGUGGGAAUUGA